AUGCUGGCUGCUUAUGGGGAGAAUUUGGUUGUUUCUAAACCUUACUUAUUAAGUCCAUCUUUGUACCUCAAAGCUCUUAAAUUAGGCAGCUACCAAAUCGUCAAGAAACAACUUCUGUUGAUCCAUGGGGAUUCGGUUACAAAUGGGUUCGGCUGCAAUCUCCAGUUGAACAAUACGUUGAUAGAUUUGUACUCGAAACAGGGAGAUGUGAAACACGCACGUAAACUGUUUGAUAGAAUUCCUAAGAGAGAUGUGGUUUCUUGGACAGUUAUGAUCUCGGGGUUUUCUCGAUGUGGAUAUCACAGGGACGCGUUGCUGUUGUUCAAACAGAUGCACCGGGAAGAUGUUAGGGCUAAUCAGCACACUUACGGGAGUGUUUUGAAAUCGUGCAAGGAUUUGGGAUGUCUUAAAGAAGGGAUGCAGAUACAAGGUUGUGUGGAGAAAGGGAAAUUUGCAGGAAAUUUAGUUCUGAAGAGUGUCUUACUUUCUCUUUAUGCCAGGUGUGGAAAGAUGGAGGAAGUUCGUCUCCUGUUUGAUUUAAUGAACCAGAGGGAUUUGGUUUCUUGGAAUGCAGUGAUUGAUGGAUAUACCGCCAAUGCUUGUGCAUAUACUGCGUUUAGUCUGUUUCAGUUAAUGCUCUCGGAAGCCUUCUUGUGUUGUUCUGUGUUAGGGAAGAGGCCAGACUGCUUCACCUUUGGAAGCCUCUUGAGAGCUUCGAUAGUAGUUAAGUGUCUUGAAAUAGUCGGUGAAUUACAUGGAUUAGCAAUCAAGCUGGGUUUUGGAAGGUCAAGUGCACUGAUUAGGUCUCUGAUUGAUGCAUAUGUGAAGUGUGGUAGCAUUGCCAAUGCUUGGAAGCUAUAUGAGGGUACCGCAAAAAGAGACUUGUUCUCUUGCACUGCUCUAAUAACAGGUUUCACACAGCAGACCAGUUGCAAAAGUGAUUAUGCCUUUGAUAUCUUCAAAGAGAUGAUGCUGAUGAAAACAAAGAUGGACGAAGUUGUAGUAUCCUCGAUGCUUAAAAUAUGCACCAACAUCGCAUCUGUAACCAUUGGAAGACAGAUCCAUGGUUUCGCCUUAAAAUCCUCCCAAGUUAGAUUUGAUGUUGCUUUGGGUAACUCGCUAAUAGAUAUGUAUGCAAAGUCUGGAGAACUUGAGGAUGCUAUCCUUGCUUUUGAUGAGAUAAAAGAGAAAGAUGUGAGAUCAUGGACCUCUUUGAUUGCAGGAUAUGGAAGACAUGGAACUAUUCAGAAAGCAAUUGAUCUCUAUAACAGAAUGGAGCAUGAAGGGAUCAAACCGAAUGACGUAACAUUUCUUUCUCUACUCUCUACUUGUAGCCAUACAGGACACACUGAACUAGGCUGGAAGAUUUUCAACACAAUGAUCAACCAGCAUGGUAUUGAAGCUCGAGAAGAGCAUUUAUCUUGCAUCAUAGAUAUGCUUGCACGUGGUGGCUACUUGGAUGAAGCUUAUGAACUGAUAAGAAGUAAAGAGGGUAUAACAAGUCUGAGCUCAUCAGCAUGGGGAACUUUUCUUCAUGCGUGCAGGCGCCAUGGGAACGUGCAGCUUGGUAAAGUAGCAGCCACGCAGCUUCUGAAUAUGGAACCGAAGAAACCAGUAAAUUAUAUUAAUUUGGCCAAUGUAUACGCAGCUAAUGGAGCAUGGGACAGUGCUUUGAAGACUAGAAAGCUUAUGCAGGAAAGUGGUUCCUGCAAUAAAGCUCCAGGAUACAGCUUUGUGUAUUGAGCAUAUGAGAAUAAGUGAAAAUU